CUUGGGAGGGAACGAACUGGAGAGAACAGCUGCGCCCGGUUCCACAGGUGUUUGAAGCUUGACGUUGAAGCACAAGCCACCUGUGGCUGACAUCCCCAAGCUCCAGACAAAUUCUUCUAAGUCCAGCAACCGAAGUGGAUUGACUCAAGCUUCACUGCAUUGGAGAUAUCUGCUUGAAGCAAUCGAGCACGGUAAGAUUCCUCCUGAGUAUCAAAAUGGCUCGUCCUAACAUUACGAAUAGAUAUCCUGUGGUUUUAACACCUAAUAUCUCUUGAUUUAACCACUUGAGCAUCAAGUGUGAACCAGUUGUGGCUUGAACAUUCUCACCACUCAUAUCAGCCACUCUCACCAUGAUUGUCCCCUAUCAUCUUCUUCAGGCCUCGGGCAGCGUAAUAUUUGCUGCCCAGGGGGUUGAUAUUCUCUCCUUCAACACCUCUAUGGAGCACCUCUCAACCUGGAAGUAUCCAGUGAAGGCCACUGAGACCCCAAGUGAACCUGCUGCCGAUGCUGAAGCCUCUGCCACUGUUGAGGCCCCUCCAACGCCAGAAGGUCCCCCGGCCAAGCGUAGGAGAACAGAGAAUGAUGAAAAGGAGGCCCAGGCUGGCGAUGCCGGCACCCCCAACUCAACCAACGGUCAAAAGAAGGGCAGGUUUCACAACAAGCCACAACCCGUCAACCUAUCGAACGAGAAGCCUUUCAUCAACUGCCUCCUCGCCACUGCCAAUGGCAGUCAUGUAGUCGCCGCUACUGGCUCCGACAAGACGAUCUGGGUAUUCGAGCACGAUGGUUCCGGGAAUCUCAAGCAACUCAGCCAGAGAGCCAUGCCAAAACGCCCCUGCUCCCUCACCCUCACCACCGACCAAAAGACAAUCCUCUCCGCCGACAAAUUCGGAGACGUCUACGCCCUCCCCCUCCUCCCAUCCGCAGAACCCACCCUCCCCCCAACAGUCCAAUCACUCCCCUCCCGCAGCGCCACCCCUGCCUCGGCACCUAUCCCCUUCAAGCCCCAAGCCAACGACAAGACAGUCCACACCAAGCGCAACCUCAAGGCUCUCGAGAACCAAAAGAUUUCCAUGGAACUCUCCCUCAAAGCCGCCGCCGAGAAAUCCGCCGAAGAAUCCCAGCCGGCGUUUGAGCACACCUUGCUGUUGGGUCAUGUCUCCAUGCUCACAGCCAUCACUGUCGCCCCUGGAAUCGGCGCGACAGGCGAGAAAAGAGAAUGGAUCAUCACCGCCGACAGAGACGAGCACGUCCGUGUCUCGCGGGGGAUUCCCCAGGCUUAUUUCAUUGAGGGGUUCUGCCUUGGGCACGAGGAUUUUGUCAGCAGGUUAUGUGUCAUCCCCGGCCGGGAAGAGCUGCUUGUUUCGGGUGGUGGGGAUGAUGAUGUUUUUCUAUGGAGGUGGAAGGAGAAGCAGCUGCUUGGGAGGGCGAAUAUUCUUGAAGAGAUCAAGAAUAUUAUUGAACCUGAGCUGACAAAGGUUGCUGUUUCGAGACUGAAGGGAUUUUCUCUUGCCUCUGGGGAAACAGUGGUAGCUGUCAUCUGCGAGAAAAUCCCCGCUGUGGUUCUUUUCACACUUGUAGAAGACACGCUUAAGCACACUGCUACCUAUUCCCUCAAGGAGCAAGGUGUCCCGCUAGACGUCGAGCUUCUACCCAACAACAACCUCCUCGUGAGUAUCGACACAACCGAGGGGAAGCCUGACGCGGCGGCACCCUUCCUGGUCUUGACCAGGAAUGGCCCCGACUCGUGGGAUCAGAAGCCUGUCGUGGAUGUCCCGGCCGGAGAGACAGAGCUCAACGGGGAGGAGAUGCAAAGGUUGCUGUAUACUACCGAGUCGCUGAGGAAGAUGAGCGAUUUUGAUUGAGCAAUACACGUAGUUGUUGGUAGUAGCUUGAAUGAUAGAUGGACAACGUUCUGAGCGACACAUUUCCAAGAACGACGUUAUUGCCCAUCGAAGAGAAACCAGAC